AUGAGUGCCGUCCCUCAGGGGUUGGUGUUCAUACCGGUGCUGUUCAACGUCUUUGUAGGCAAUGUGGACGGUGGGUUUGAAUGCACCAUCAGCAAGUUUGCCAGUGACACCAAGCUGUGUGGUGGGAGUGAAUCCUCUUGGGAUAAAGACAAGCUUCAGUCUCCCAUUACAACGGGAUCACAGCACAGCAUUGGUCAUCCCACACUGUCAGGGCAGUCGAGCCUUGGAAGUGCACACCCACUCAGUCCUCUCCAGCAGAAUCACCUGCUCACCAACAGGAUAGACCUGCCAUUCAUGAUGAUGCCCCACCCUCUGCUGCCCGUCAGCCUACCUCCCGCUUCGGUUGCAAUGGCAAUGAAUCAGAUGAACCACCUCAAUACAAUAGCUAACAUGGCUGCAGCAGCCCAAAUGCACAGCCCUCUCUCGAGGGCAGGGGCCUCUGUCAUAAAGGAAAGGAUUCAAGACAGCCCUUCUCCAGCUCUGUCCCUAGAAGACAGUCAGCGGCCUGGGAGCCACGGGUCCUCCCAUCAGAGCAGCAGCGUGUCCAGCUCGCCGUCCCAGUUGGACAACACACCAGACAGAAUUGCUAUGCUGACCAACAGCAGGGAAGGAGAACUCGUUGAUCAAGAAACUGGGACCAGCCUAAAAAAAAUACAAAAGGAGAAAGAAGAGGUCCAAAUUGCCAUUCCAAUAAUGAAACCAACCUUAGAUAAAGUCCAACUGGCUGGACAGGCCUUGCCUCCUGGAUUUCCGGCGCCAUUUCUUUUUGCUGAUGGUCUUUCAUCAGUAGAAACACUAUUAACCAACAUUCAGGGCCUACUGAAGGUGGCUGUGGACAAUGCGAGAGUCCAGGAAAAGCAGAUACAGCAGGAAAAAAAAGAGUUAAAGAUGGAGCUUUGCAGAGAGAGAGAACUAAGAGAGAGCUUGGAAAGGCAACUCACAGCUGAGCUGCAAAGCAGAGCAACAAUUCAGAAACGCUUGAAGAAAGAAAAGAAGGCAAAGAGAAAAUUGCAGGAAGCUUUGGAAUUUGAAUCCAAGAGAAGAGAACAAGUGGAACAGGCGCUUAAACAAGCCACAUCAGGUGACGGUCUCAGGAUGUUAAAUGAUGCUGGAAUCCCAGAUAUGGAAAUAGAACACAACGGAACCCAACAUGACAGUGCGGCAAUGCAAGAAAACAGAACAUAUAUCAAACCCACCAUUAUGUACUGAAGGAAACACCUGUUGUUGAAAAACAUGUAAUGAUCACUAUUUGAAGACUAUAUAGUUCAUGAAAAACAUCCCUUCCAACCUUUGAUGCCUUCAGUACUGUGUGAAGAACAGGAUUUGUAGCAUGAAACUUGAAGGACAAUUUCAAGCAAUUUACUGUUGCUGCAUCGAAAACUGCCGUAUUGUCAUUAAGAAAUAUUGAGACUUUUUACAAGCUUACCAUACCAAACCAAGCCUGUCGCAACAGAUCAUUUUUAGGUCCCCGGAGAUAGAAAGGAGUUUUAGUAUUUUUAAGCACACACAGGAUUUUUUCCCCCUUCCCCCCC